CUCCACUCUUCACCGUCCGGAGACCAGGAGACCUGCUGGGGCCCACCUCUCCGUGUUUCUGCCCUGGACACACCGUGCGGAGAUCUGCAGACUCUCGAAGAUUUAAAGUCUUUCAGCCGUUUUUCUCUCUUAUACGGUUCCGUGUUUGUGCUCCGACGUUAAAUCGUCGUUUUAAUUUAAAGUUAGCUGUUAGCCUGUUAGUUGUUAGCCGAACUGUCAGAAAUGUUGAGCGUCGCCAGAAGCGUUUCAAGGACUCUUCCGACAAGGAACUGCGCAAGAAAUGUGUCUUCUCUGGUUAAGAAGGCUUGCUGGAGUGGUUUCCAACCAGAGGCUCUCAGAGCUCUGUCCAGAAGGGACUAUGCGUCUGAAGCCAUCAAGGGAGCCGUCAUCGGCAUUGACCUGGGAACCACCAACUCCUGUGUGGCAGUGAUGGAGGGGAAACAGGCCAAGGUGCUGGAGAACGCAGAGGGAGCCAGAACAACUCCUUCAGUCAUCGCCUUCACAGCAGAGGGAGAACGUCUGGUGGGCAUGCCGGCUAAACGGCAGGCCGUCACCAACCCUCAGAACACGCUGUACGCCACCAAGAGGCUGAUUGGACGUCGCUACGACGACCCAGAGGUCCAGAAAGACCUGAAGAAUGUCCCCUAUAAGAUCGUACGCGCAUCCAACGGGGACGCCUGGGUGGAGGCUCAUGGGAAAAUGUACUCCCCCAGCCAGGCUGGAGCCUUCGUCCUGAUGAAGAUGAAGGAGACCGCAGAGAACUAUCUGGGAACCAAAGUGAAGAAUGCUGUGAUCACUGUCCCAGCAUACUUCAACGACUCCCAGAGACAGGCAACCAAAGAUGCCGGUCAGAUCUCUGGACUGAACGUUCUGCGUGUGAUCAACGAGCCGACAGCCGCCGCUCUGGCUUACGGUCUGGACAAAACCCAGGACAAGAUCAUUGCCGUCUACGAUCUGGGUGGAGGAACGUUCGACAUCUCAGUCCUGGAGAUCCAGAAGGGAGUGUUUGAGGUGAAGUCCACCAACGGGGACACUUUCCUGGGAGGAGAGGACUUCGACCAGCAUCUCCUCAGACACAUUGUGAAGGAGUUCAAGAGAGAGUCUGGCGUGGAUCUGACCAAGGACAAUAUGGCUCUGCAGAGAGUCCGGGAGGCUGCUGAGAAGGCCAAGUGUGAGCUGUCCUCCUCACUGCAGACUGACAUCAACCUGCCCUACCUGACCAUGGACGCCUCCGGCCCCAAACAUCUCAACAUGAAGCUGACUCGGGCCCAGUUUGAAAGCAUCGUGGCCGACCUGAUCCGCCGCACCGUGGCCCCCUGUCAGAAGGCCAUGCAGGAUGCCGAGGUGUCCAAGGGGGACAUCGGAGAGGUGCUGCUGGUGGGAGGCAUGAGCCGAAUGCCCAAGGUCCAGCAGACGGUCCAGGACCUGUUUGGUCGUGCUCCCAGUAAGUCGGUGAACCCUGACGAGGCGGUGGCCAUCGGAGCAGCUAUCCAGGGCGGCGUUCUGGCCGGAGAUGUGACCGACGUGCUGCUGCUGGACGUGACUCCGCUGUCGCUGGGCAUCGAGACUCUGGGAGGCGUCUUCACCAAACUCAUCAACAGAAACACCACGAUUCCCACCAAGAAGGGCCAGGUGUUUUCCACGGCGGCUGACGGACAGACUCAGGUGGAGAUCAAGGUGUGUCAGGGUGAGAGAGAGAUGGCAGCCGACAACAAGGUUCUGGGUCAGUUCACCCUGGUGGGAAUCCCCCCCGCCCCCCGCGGAGUCCCUCAGAUCGAGGUCACCUUCGACAUCGACGCCAACGGCAUUGUCCAUGUGUCCGCCAAGGACAAGGGCACCGGCCGGGAGCAGCAGAUUGUGAUCCAGUCGUCCGGAGGCCUCAGCAAAGACGACAUCGAGAACAUGAUCAAGAACGCUGAGAGGUACGCCGAGGAGGACAGGAGGAGGAAGGACCGUGUGGAGGCCGUCAACAUGGCCGAGGGCAUCGUCCACGACACAGAGUCCAAGAUGGAGGAGUUCAAGGAUCAGCUUCCUGCCGAUGAGUGCACCAAGCUGAAGGAGGAGAUCUCCAAGGUCAGGGACCUUCUGGCCAACAAGGACUCUGAGACAGGAGAGAACAUCAAACAGGCAGCCACCAACCUGCAGCAGGCGUCUCUCAAACUGUUUGAAAUGGCCUAUAAGAAGAUGGCAGCAGAGCGGGACAGCGGCGGCAGCAGCAGCAGCAGCUCAUCAGAGGGGGAGAAGAAGGAAGGCCAGCAGUAGAUGUUUCUGCACUUUGUUGUCAGGAGGUUACCAUGACAACGGAGGACUGUGGGCUGGCAGACUGGGCGGGGAGGGUGGCGUCUGGAGUCAUUCUUACCGUAAUCUAUUAUUCUACUGUGUUUUGGCAGUAAAAUCCUCUGUAGAAAAGAUAAAUGCCCAAUCAGAUGCCCCACCUGUGUGUAAUUUAAUGUCUAGACACCAUGUUAUGUAUGAUUAUUUUUACCAAGCUGUUCAUCUACUUUUUGAAGUGGUUCAACUGUUUUUUUUUUUGUCCAGGACAUCAUGCAGGUUUAGUUUUUUUGCUCACAUUUCCUCUUGUGAAGGCGUCUGCAGCUGGUGUUGCUGUGAUCAGAGAGCAGUCUGACUACAUAUGAAUAUGUUCUACAGUUCUGAAUGUUUCAUUUCAUCGUUUGUAUUCUUGGAAUCUGUGAAAAUCCGGCUGCAGCGAUCAGGAGGGAGCAGUGAUCGUAUUCGGUCCUGUUUUCAGACGCAAAGCUCCAGAAGUGGAGGACAGAAUAAAUCUAAUAAUAUGUAUGUGUGAGCAUGGAAUCAAGCUUUUAGUUAAGGUUUCUUCCUGUUAGACUGUGGAAAGCCUGUCUCCAGUUCUUUGCAUCCUCUUUGUAGUUGAGCUGAGUUGGAACUCGGCUCAUUCUGGAUGCUGAAAGUUGCACAACGGAGGAUGUGGCCUUAGUUCCCUCUGGGGAGGAAGAUCAGGAUCCAAAGAACCGCUGCAGGACUUCCAGUCAUUCCCUGCUGAAGGAGCUCAUGUUGCUGCCAUAAACUGCUCUGUGUGAUGUGAUUGUGGAGGCGCACCUGCCAGAUAGUGAUCCGGAGUGCAGAGGAAAGAGCAGGUGGUUCUAUUACUGAAAACAGAUUCACAAUAACUGUUGCUGUCUUUUCUAAUAAAAAGCUGAAAUUUCA